AUUAAAAGUCAUUUGAAACUGUUCAUAACUUAAAAAUUCCAAGUGCUACGUUGAAAUAAAAAUAAAAGCAACUAUAAAAAUUAUUAAAUAUGGCCUGUCGGGAACCGCAACCAUGUUACGUAUCAUCAGGUCCACCACCUCCGUGUUGCCCGCAAGUUUGUGUCAAAAGUGCCGAUAUGUGUGAAGCAAUGCAGAAAGACGCUGUAUCGUUGGCCAUGCAAGCGAUGUUUCUGUACAAUGUCGAAAGAGACCAAGCGGCUUACAUAAAGAAGGAGUUCGAUAAAAAGUACUGCGCCACGUGGCACUGUGCAGUCGGCAAGAACUUCUCCUGUUACAUUACGCACGAAUCGAAUAAUUUCAUUUAUUUCUUUUUGGGGCCCACAGCAUACGUGCUGUACAAAAGUGGAUGAAAGUGGUCCAGCGCUCGAUGGAGAUUAUUCGUCUACUGACAGGAUGUUAUUGUUUUGUGGGGGAUGUCUAAAAAAUAUGACCAUAUAUCGCUUGUUUGUUGGUAAACUGGCUAGAAAGUAGCAGUUCAUCA